CAUGCGACUAGCCAUGGAGACUUCCCCUCACCUAAAGCUCAUCUCGCUUGCUCUCCUACUAGCCAUGUUUCCCCAGGCCAUGGCAGCACCACCACCAUCCCUCCUGAAAGAACAGGCAGGAGCCCUCCUCGCCUGGAAAGCCACCAUACAGAGCCCCCCAUCCCAGCUCCAGUCCUGGGGAAACACCACCACACGGCCAUGCGCCUGGUAUGGUGUCAAGUGCGGCGUGCAUGGAGCAACACACCAAGAGGUGGUGAUCACCGAGAUCUCUCUCCGUGGGCUGCGGCUUAGAGCGCGGCUAGAGGCCCUCAACUUCACAGUGUUGCAUACUCUCACGAGUAUCCGACUACCCAACAAUCAGAUAAGGGGUCCCUUUCCACCCGCUUUCGCAUCAUCCUUGCCAAACCUGCGGCACCUAAUGCUCCAGGGGAAUAAAAUCUCCGGCGAAAUACCGAAGCAAAUAGAUCACCUAAAAGGUCUUGUGACACUGGAAUUGUCAUACAACCAUUUGUCUGGUUCCAUCCCCACUGAACUAGGCUACCUAAAGAAGCUCACCAGGUUAGUGCUUGACAACAAUAAACUCACAGGGCCCAUUCCAAGAAAUCUAGGGAAUUGUACAGAACUCAUUAUCUUGUACCUUCAUGUUAAUCAGUUAUCUGGAUAUGUUCCCCAAGAACUAGGUUACCUGGUGAAAUUAAAAAAUAUAGCUCUUAGCGACAACAACCUCAAUGAUUUCAUCCCCAAUACCUUUGGAAAUUUGACCAAGGUCACUAGCUUGUACCUAUGGGGGAACCAACUUUCUGGGUGCAUUCCUCGAGAACUAGGUUACCUGGUGAAUCUAGAAGAUUUGGAACUUAACGAGAACAAACUCAUGGGUUUCAUCCCCAGUACCUUUGUAAACUUGACCAAGCUCACUACUUUGUACCUAUCGGAUAACCAACUCUCCGGGUGUAUUCCUCGACAACUAGGUUCCCUGGUGAAUCUAGAAGAUUUGGAACUUAACGAGAACAAACUCAUGGGUUUCAUCCCCAGUACCUUUGUAAACUUGACCAAGCUCACUACUUUGUACCUAUGGAAUAACCAACUCUCCGGGUGUAUUCCUCGACAACUAGGUUCCUUGGUGAAUCUAGAAGACUUGGAUCUUAGCAAAAACAAUCUCAUGGGUUCCAUCCCCAGUACCUUUAGAAAUUUGACCAGUCUCAUUACCUUACACUUAUCUUAUAACCACCUCUCUGGACAUGUUCCGCGAGAACUAAGUUACCUUGUGAGUCUAAAAGACUUGGAACUUGGCAGCAACAAACUCAUUAGUUCCAUCCCCAAUACCUUUGGAAAUUUGACCAAACUCACUAAAUUGUACCUAUGGGGUAACCAACUCUUCGGGAGUAUUCCUCGAGAACUAGGUUCCCUAGUUAAUCUAGAACAUUUGGAACUUGGCGAGAACAAACUCACGGGAUUUAUUCCAAAUGCAUUUGGAAAUUUGACCAAGCUCACUAACUUAUACCUCCAUUAUAACAAACUCUCUGGUCCCUUGCCACCUAACUUGUGUGUUGGCGGCAUGCUCAAGAGAUUAACAGCAACUGACAACAAUCUCGAUGGACCUCUGCCAUCAAGUUUUGUAAACUGCAGAAGCCUAGUUAGAGUUCGUCUUGAAGGGAAUCGAUUAGAAGGAGAUAUUUCUGAGAUGGGGCUUUAUCCAAAUAUGGUAUACAUGGAUAUGGGCUCAAAUAAUCUGUUUGGGCAAUUAUCUGAUCAAUGGGGUGGAUGCCAUAAUCUUACGAUGCUACGCAUCUCAAACAACAACCUUACGGGAAAAAUACCUGCAAGUAUGGGGCAACUGUCUCAACUAGGGCUACUUGAUCUUUCAUCAAACAAGCUUGAAGGAGAGCUUCCAAGUGCACUAGGCAAUCUAAAAAAAUUGUUCAACUUGAGCCUUGCGGAUAAUUUGUUCCAUGGAAGCAUUCCACAAGAAAUUGGAAGACUAUCCAGUCUAGAGUUAUUGGAUUUGUCAUCAAAUAACCUAAAUGGUUCGGUACAAGAUUCAGUCCAGCAUUGUUUGAAGCUUCGUCUUUUGAAGUUGAACCACAAUAACUUCAAAGGAAACAUCCCUGCCGAGCUAGGGUUAUUGCGUAACCUACAUGACCUAUUGGAUUUAAGUGAUAAUUCAUUUACUGGGGUAAUACCAAGCCAACUUAGUGGUUUUAUAAUGCUAGAUACUCUGAAUCUUUCACACAAUCAACUUAAUGGCUCCAUCCCGUCAUCAUUUCAGAGUAUGAAAAGCUUGACAUGCAUUGAUCUAUCUUACAAUGAAUUGGAAGGGCCAGUCCCGGAGAGUAAGAUCUUCCAAGGAGCUCCAAUCCAGUGGUUCAUGCAUAAUAAGAUGCUAUGCGGUGUCGUGAAAGGAUUGCCCCCCUGUAGUAGUCCAACUCAAAGCAGAGGCAAGAGGAAAGGAUACAAAAUACAUGUACUAACCACUAUUCCUGCUAUGCUAUUUCUUGUUCUUAUUGCGGUGAUAUUGAUGUUCUGGCAUAAAAGAAGGAAAACCAAGCCAACGAACACCGAUAAAGUAAUACAAGCAAAAAUCUUUUCUAUUUGGAGUUUUGAUGGAAAAAAUGUGUUCAAGGAAAUCGUUGAAGCAACCAAUGAUUUUAGCGAGACGCAUUGCAUAGGAACUGGGGGAUAUGGAUCUAUCUACAAAGCUAGACUUGCAACAUGCGAAAUAUUUGCAGUGAAGAAGAUACACAUGAUAGAAAAUGAGUGUUGUGUGAACGAGCUCGUGUUCAACCGUGAAAUCAGUGCAUUGCUGCAGAUUCGUCAUCGGAACAUCGUAAAACUAUUUGGGUAUUGUUCCUCUAGCCAAGGAAAGUUCCUUAUCUAUGAAUACAUGGAGAGAGGAGACUUGGCAAAAACACUGAAGGACAAUGAAAGGGCAAUUGAAUUGGACUGGAAAAGGCGGAUACAUAUUGUGUUGGAUGUGGUCCAUGCUUUGGCAUACAUGCAUCAUGAUUGUUCGUCACCGAUAGUCCAUAGAGAUAUAACAAGCAAUAACAUUUUGCUUGAUUUAGAAUUUAGAGCUUGCAUCUCCGACUUUGGUACGGCCAAAAUUCUCGAUAUUUGUGGCCCAAAUUUCACAAGGCUUGCAGGAACGAAAGGCUAUCUUGCCCCAGAGCUAGCAUAUACAGAAAACGUGACGGAGAAAUGUGAUGUAUACAGCUUCGGAGUGCUUGUUUUGGAGCUAUUUAUGGGAUCUCAUCCAGGCGAUUUCCUCUCAUCCCUCUCAUUGGCCGCCAAGAACAAUGCCGUGUGCCUGCUAGAUCUACUGGACCCCAGGCUUGUGAUUCCAGAUGCUGAGACUGCUAGAGAAAUAUACCGCAUUCUUAGCAUUGCAGUUCAAUGCCUAGAGCCGAAUCCAUCGCACAGGCCAACGGCACAACGCGCGAGCGACGAGCUAUCUACGAUUAAAAGUGGUGAAGAUAAGGUUGAUUUUUUGCAGGCUGGCAUCACUUUUCCUGUGCUGUAGUGCCUAUGGCUAUGAGGAUGAAAUCGUAUCAUGUGGUUUCUUCUCUACUACCUACCUAGCUAUUUGGUGAAAAAGUGUCGUUUUCUCUGUAACUGAUAAGAAAUGUAACAUCUGAUGGUGUAUAUGGAACUAGCAAACAUGUACUCUAGUAUCAUUAUAAACCGCUUUGGUUUGCUUUCAA